AUGGGCGCUGCCGGCCAGUUCGACGGUCUCCAGCAGCCCCGGCAGCAGCAGCCUGGGCCGCCGGCGCAGAUGCUCCCCGUCCAUGCGCAUGCCGCCGCAUCGCAGUCGCCGCACCCGCAACCACAGCUGCCCCAGCAACAGACACCGCAAAAGCAGCAGCCCGCCCCUCAGCAGCCCCUUUCGCAACCCCAGUCCCAUCAGCGCAGCGUCAAGCGCCCCCGGCCCGUCAAGUCUUGUACAGAGUGCCGUAAACGGAAGCUCCGUUGCGACCGGCUCUGCCCCUGCUCGCAGUGCCAGAAAUCGAACCGCGCCUGCAAAUAUUCAGCUGAUGCAGAUGGACAGCCCGACUCGGAUGUCUCCGACGUUGAAGCCGCCGAGCCUGGCCGUCCUUCUAAGCGCAAUUGCCCCCCCGGCACUGCACCUUCCGUCACGUCCACCACCGGCGAGCCGGGCAGCCUUGCCGCCGCUGUCGCAGCAGCCAAAAACGGCGAUGGCGCUGGACUGCCACUUUUGGAAGAGCUAUCCCUGCGAAUGGAGCGACUAGAGAAGCAGGUCAUGGUACGGAGUCCAGCGGGCACUGAUUUGAGCGCUGGCCGUGUUGUUGCAGGCACCGUAGAUACGAUUCGCGGGCUCAGCGUCAAGAAUGGUGCCAAGCGGACCCGAUUCUUCGGGCAAGGAAGCUCUAGGGUCAUGCUCAACUUGUUUGACGACGCCAAAGUUUUUAUCCAGCAGCACCAAACCAUUGCCGGCGGUCGGGAAAUCUUGUCAGAUUUUCGUGCUGCGCACCACUUCAUGCACGAAAACUAUGCCCAGGCCCUGACUCCAAUUUCAGUCUUUGUCGAUUCCAUGAUGCCCGUUCAGAAGCGCAUGACGGAUAUCUUGCCUCCAAAAGACGUUUGCGAUCGACUGGUCACCUCCUAUGUGGAUUCUUCCGAGACAAUCUAUCGCAUCCUUCACAUACCCUCGUUUAUGGAGCAAUACAACAUGUAUUGGGGCGGCAAACAGCAAGCCGAAUCCUUUUUACCGCAGCUCCUGGCUGUACUAUCGACGGCUUCUCGAUUUGAAACGAAAUCCAAGGGCAUUUUGCACGAGAGGGUUGACGGGGUGCACAAUCCUACGAGCUGCGCAUUGGUUCGCAGCUGGUUGGAUAGCCUCAAGGGCAAGCAACGCGUCGAGUUUGCAUCCUUGCAGGUCGAAGUGCUGCUAUUGCAUGCCCAGCGAAUGGUGACACAACGCACCAAUGAAUUAUGGGCUCAGCUUGGCUACAUUGUACGCAGCGCCAUGUCGAUGGGACUUCAUCGCGACCCGUCAGAAUUUGGCCCUCGCAUGACUAUCUUCCAGAGCGAGCUGCGUCGGCGACUCUGGUUCACCAUUCUGGAUAUCGACGUGCAUUUAUCAAUUGCACUGAAUAUGCCCACAUCUGUGCGAGAAGGCGACUUCACCUGUCGACCGCCACGGAAUUUGGACGACGUCGAGCUGUUUGAGGGUAUGAGAGAGCUGCCGCCAUCCAGGCCGAUUGACCAGAUUACAGACAAUCAGCUCCAGGUGUAUGGUGCCAUGACACUGCCGGUGCGUAUGAAGGUUGCUUACUUGGUAAACAAUAUCGACUCGAUUCGGGACUAUCAAGAAGUCCUGGACGUAGGCGCCAAGCUGGACAGGUUUCUUGAAGAUAUCAACUACUUGUUUCCUCGUCAAGGGAUACUCAACGAUACACAAAAGAGCAAGAUGUGGAGGUCGCGUGUCAUUCUCGACAUGCACGCGAGGCGUCCGCUUCUUGCGUUAUAUCGCAGCUUGGCCAUGGGAACACCUGAUGCGCCGCCACAGAUUACACGUGCGCACCUGAGGUCCUCGAUGGUGAUUCUCAAGUACCUGGAUGAAAUCGACCCGCGGCAACCUUAUUUCGAAACCAUUACUGCCAUGUAUCAUCAAAUGCUAAAGCAUGACAUCGCACAAGCAGCACUGAGUGUCUGUUACUACAUACAGUCAGCACACCGCAGUGCUGAUAACAUGAUUGGUGGCCAUCAACGCCAAACGCCAGAGUUUGGUGGAGACGACUACCCGUCGUACAAACCAGAGACGCUGCCCAUUUGGUCACCAGACCGGUUGAUUGGCACGGUGGAAAAGUCGCUCGAAAUUUUGACCACACACGCGACCGGCAAUGAUACCAAGGACCUCUUGACGCUGGCACUCGUACUGGAGUCGGUGAGGAAGCCGGAGCCGCGAGCCGAUGAAAUCGUACGCGGCCUCUACGGUGUGCUGAGUCUACUGCUCCGCUCGUCCAACACGACGAUUGAAAAGGUGCGCUCUGUGCAGCACGGUGGACAUGAAGCAUAUAGCUCCGAUGGGUAUAUGCACGGCCAUACGCACAUGAGCAAUCCGGCUGCAGCGGUGCAACAGUUUGGUGGCUGGCUCAUCUGGGAUGGAUGGGACUAG